AUGAGUAAAGCUGUGAUGGUGGCUGUUUCUGCAGCCAUUGGUAACAUGAUUCAAGGAUGGGAUAAUGCUUGUAUUGCUGGGGCUGUUUUAUACAUAAAGAAAGAAUUCAACUUACAGAAUGAACCAACUAUAGAAGGUCUAAUUGUUGCCAUGUCACUUAUUGGUGCUACUUUAGUUACAACAUGUUCCGGUGCAGUGUCAGAUUCACUUGGACGACGUCCCAUGCUUAUUAUAUCGUCUAUCUUUUAUUUCUUUGGUGGUCUUGUUAUGUUAUGGUCACCUAAUGUUUAUAUCCUGCUAUUGGGUAGGCUGUUAGAUGGUUUAGGAAUCGGGCUAGCUGUUACGCUUGUUCCUGUUUAUAUAUCUGAGACAUCACCUCCUGAGAUUAGAGGGUCACUGAAUACGUUACCGCAGUUUAUGGGGUCUGGAGGGAUGUUUCUUUCAUACUGCAUGGUUUUUGGGAUGUCUUUAAUGGAGUUGCCGAGUUGGAGAGUAAUGCUUGGUGUUCUUUCGAUUCCAUCCCUUUUUUAUUUUGUCUUAACAAUCUUUUUCUUGCCUGAGUCUCCAAGAUGGCUUGUCAGUAAAGGAAGAAUGCUUGAGGCCAAACACGUUUUACAGAGAUUGCGUGGCAAAGAUGACGUCGCAGGUGAAAUGGCUUUACUGGUUGAAGGCCUUGGAGUAGGUAGUAAGACUGCCAUAGAAGAGUACAUAAUCGGGCCUGCACCUGAUAUUGAAGAAGCUGCUAAGAUUAAUUUAUACGGUCAGGAGGAUGGAGUUUCUUUGAUUGCUCGACCCAUUGUAUCUCGCCAAGGAAGUGCCCUUCACCAAAGUGUCCCGCUUAUGGACCCCCUGGUAACCCUUUUUAACAGUGUCCAUGAAAAGCUUCCAGAUGGUGUCGGCAGUAAAGGAAGCAUGCUAUUUCCACAUUUUGGGAGCAUGUUCAGUGUUUCUGGAAAUCCAAUCAAAACCGAAGAUUGGGAUACAGAAAGUGUUGGUGGUAGAGAAGGCGAUGAUUAUCAAUCUGAUCAUGCUCUUGAAAAUGAUCCAGAUGAUACUUUACAUACUCCACUAAUUUCUCGUCAAAAUACAACUGUGGAGAAAGACACGAUUCAGCCUGCUGCCCAUGAAAGCAUUUUAAGCAUUAGAAAUGCUGGAGAACAAGUGAGUGGCACCGACAUUGGAGGUGGUUGGCAACUUGCAUGGAAAUGGUCACAAAACGAUGGUCAAGAAAGAGAGAAUGAUGGAGUACUUAAAAGAAUCUAUCUGCACCAAGAAAUAGGCACUGAUAUGCCUGCAGAUAGUGACACCUUCCAGGCUGCAGCCCUGGUGAGUCAGCCUGCACUUUACUCCAUAAACCUCAUGGAGCAGAACCCGGUUGGACCAGCUAUGGUUCACCCAGCCGAAGCAACAAAGAAUCCAAGCUGGUCUGAUCUUUUUGAACCAGGAGUCAAGCAUGCAUUGUUUGUGGGAAUUGGUCUUCAGAUACUUCAGCAGUUUUCUGGCAUCAAUGGAGUCCUUUACUACACGCCUCAGAUACUCGAGGAAGCAGGUGUUGGUCUCCUUUUAUCAAGUUUUGGCCUAAGUUCAACUUCAUCAUCUCUUCUCAUUAGUAACAUCACAACUUUACUGAUGCUUCCUUGUAUUGCUGUGGCCAUGAGACUCAUGGAUAUCUCUGGAAGAAGGGCUCUACUGCUGACUACGCUUCCUGUGUUGAUCUUGAGUCUCAUAGUUUUGGUGAUAGGAGGUCUAGUGAACUUUGGAAGCAUUGCAAAUGCAGCUAUUUCAACUACAAGCGUAAUUAUAUAUUUUUGUUGUUUCGUGAUGGGAUUUGGUCCAAUUCCCAAUAUACUAUGUUCGGAGAUUUUCCCAACUCGUGUUCGUGGGAUCUGCAUUGCAAUUUGUGCCCUUACAUUCUGGAUCUGUGACAUUAUUGUCACAUACUCUCUGCCUGUGUUGCUUACUUCUGUUGGUCUGUCGGGUGUUUUUGCCUUCUAUGCCGUUGUUUGCAUCAUAGCUUGGGUGUUUGUCUUCUUGAAAGUGCCAGAGACGAAAGGAAUGCCACUGGAAGUUAUUACAGAGUUCUUUUCGGUUGGUGCUAAACAUGUUGAUGCUGCGAAGAAUAAUUGACGUGGAGGCUUUGAGUUAUAAUUUUCCUAUGGUUUUGUUUUCUUUCAAGUUUUGUUCUGCUCUGAAACAUGAAAAUAUGAAGUCAGUAAAUUUUCACUGCACAUUAA